AUGUGCAUAAUUUUACCUCAGAUGUUGAGCAUACGAUUCGGUAAUAAUUUACCAAUUAAACAAAUGGCUUCACGUAUCGAUCACUUCAAUCGAGGAAAAUCACAACCAACUCCAUAUGGAAAGCGAAUGGAUCGUUUAUCUAAUCGAAUAUUUAAUGAAGUUACUCGAAUUACGGACAGUAAAAAUAUGCGAGUUGUACGAUUAAUGAGUGAGCAACCUGAGUACGAAAAAGAAGAAAAAACAGUGAAAUAUUUUCCUCCUUUGCCUAUGUUCCACUAUUUAUCUAAGUUGCUCUGUAUUCACGGUCUUUUCUUUGAUGAUCAUGUCUUUUUCAGGCAGCUGCAGAAUCAGCUUAAAAUAUUGCGCGGAAAAGUUAUUCAUCCACCCAUUGGUGAAGGAAAACGUGCGCAAAUGCGUUCAAAAAAGUAG